GGACCGCUUGUAUCAUCUUCAUCGCCCCCCAAAACCUCGAGGUGCGCAUCAAUGGAGGCCGGAGCGACGAUGAUGGAUAGUGGCUCAUCGAGGCCGGCGGUGGCGGCGCCGAGAUACUCUCUGCCGCCGUGCCGGUUCAUGAACGAGGACGUGCUGUUCUGCGUUGAUGUCGAUGUGGAGUCGAAGAUGGAGAUGAAGCUCUCUGGCCCUAAAGGUCGGCCCUUCACCCGCCUCGAUGCAGUCCGUCAGGCCAUUCUCCUCUUCGUCCAUUCCAAGCUCUCCAUCAACUCCGAUCACCGCUUUGCUUUCUCCGUCCUCGGCCAGUCCGUCUCCUGGCUUCGGAAGGAGUUCAGCAAUGAUGUUGAUUCUGCUAGGGCAGCAUUGCAUUCGCUGACAGCAGCAGAUUCACCAUAUGGUAUUGCAGAUCUAACUCAACUUUUCCGGAUAGCAGCUCAUGAAGGAAAGAAAUCCCGUGCACAGGGUCGACAUUUAAGAGUGAUACUGAUUUACUGCAGAUCAUCACUUCGGCCUCAGCAUCAAUGGCCAGUUAGCCAGAAGCUUUUCACUUUUGAUGUCAUCUACCUCCAUGAUAAGCCUGGCCCUGAGAACUGCCCACAGAGAGUAUAUGAUGCCCUGGUGGAUGCCCUAGAGCAUGUUAGUGAAUAUGAAGGCUACAUACUCGAAAGCGGCCAUGGUCUGUCCCGGGUCCUUUUCCGGCACAUCUCCGUGCUCCUUUCACACCCACAGCAACGGUGCGUGCAAGAUGACCUCGACAUUCCAAAGUCUCUCACAAGGAAGUCACCAUUACCAACCGAGGCCUCACAGAGUGAAGAGAGUGUGCCAGUUUCAAGUCAGUGAGACGGAGAAUGGUCCUUGGGUAUAUUGCACUGUCUAUGGAAAUAUAGUAAGAUAAUUUUGUUGUUCCUUUGGGUUAAUUGUUUUUUGUGAAGAUGGAUGGAUGGUUUUAGUGUUGAUUCUGAAAGUUGUGCGCUUCUUGCAUCUACGUGGAAGAGAGAUCCUUGCCUCAUGUGAUCUUGAUCUUGUUAUAUUUAAGUUAAUAGUCCAUCUUGUCUUUUCAAAAUUAUCCUUGCAAAAAUUGUUUAAGAGAUUUUAUCUAAAUUGAAUGGUUGCAUGUA